AUGCCAAGAGUAGUUCUUGAAUCUCAUUCAAAGCCGACAGACUCGAUAUUUCUUCAACCAUGGAUAAAGGCAUUGGUUGAAGACAAUUCCGAACAUCAUCAAUACCAUCCUUCUGAUCAUGUAAUUCCUGUCCUGACCGAGCAGGAUUUGAAACUUCCACACAUGAGCGCAAAAAUCUUGACCAAUCCAUGCCAUUUCGCCAAAAUUACAAGAUUUUAUAAUGUUUGCGAUUAUAAGGUUUGUGCAUCUAUAAGAGAUUCUACACACCAAAUACUUGUUGAGUUUUCCCCAGAAUGCGUAUCUAAUUUUGAAAGGAUUCAUAACUGUCGGAUUACAGCUGAGACAGUCAAUUGCUUAAUGAUCAUUGGCGAUGCUAGCUUAAUCAAUGCAACAAGUAGUCGUGUAAAGUCCCAUUUCAAAAUCCGCUUAAGCAGUAUUUCAUCUAAUGACCUAGUACCUGUUCUUCAAAUCAAUCAAGUAACGAUAUUUGAUAUUGAUCAAGUCGGAUCCUUGAGUGCUUUCCCAUUUGUAUACAAAUAUUUAUAA